UUAGUUCCGGUGCGGGGCCGUCCCCCCUCUCCUCCCCCGCGCUGGGCCGGGCGCCGCCGCAGCCGAGCCGAGGCCGCCGCCAUGGCCCAGCCUGCUGGGCCCCCCACCGCCUAUCCCAGCCACAACGGCGCCGGCCAGCAGCCCUACAGCAACGGUCCCGUGCAAAAUCAACUGAUGCAUUCAUCAGAUGGCCAGGUGCAUAGACCUUUGGUUCCGGGAUCCUACUCGCAUCAGACACCAGCGAAGUUUCCUCCCCUUCAGUCUUCUGGACAAUACCCCUAUAGUGGCUCUCAGAAUGUUUCUCAGUUAAACAAUUACCAAGGACCUGGGCAGACUCUCAAUAGACCACCAGCAGCACCUUUCUCCGGGUCACCAGUACAACAGAUGGGUCCUGUUCCACAAGUGCUGCUGCCUGCAUUGCAAAACUCAGCUGCCAUAUCAUCUGCUGGUGGCUUUCCUCCUGGAGCUAGCCCACCAGUGCUUUCAAACUGGCAGUACAGCCAGACUCCUGCAAGCCAACCAAUUGGGUCUCAAACAAGCCAUUUGGCUCAUAUGACGGGGACAGAGUCAGCUCAGCCACCGUCAUCAUUGUCGGGAAAUACAAAUCCUCCAGGAAAUUAUCAAUAUGCUGCUUCUCCGGGAGGGCCUCCACUUCAUAACAGCUACAUGAAGCCAGGAUCUGCACCUCCACCAGUGACUCAGCCUCUAACUCCACUUCAUCCCCCUUCAAGGCCACCAUUAGGACCCCCACCUACUGGUGGUCCACCUUUAACUAGGCCAUCAACACUGAUAGCAGGACCACCUAAUGCACAGUCUCUGCUAAAUUCAGCUGCAAAUCAAGAUGGUGAUGCUACAUCUACUGCAGGUGAUGGGUCUGUGGUGCAGAACAGCUAUGAUGCGAUAGAAGGUGGUGGCCUCAUGGCAACCUCACAUCCUUCUCCUGCACCCCCAAAUCUUAAAGUGAACAGAAGUGUUGGAUAUUCUUACCCUACUUUACCUCCUGGCUACCAAAAUACUACUCCACCUGGAGCACCAGGAAUGCAAGCAUCUACUUUGCAAUAUCCAGAUGGAUCAAAACAUUUCCAUCAGCCUGCCCUGGGUACUAAUCACUUAGCUGCAUCUAUGGGUAGCCUGAGUCUACAGCAAGAAGGAUUAAGAACUGUGAAUCUUCUUCAAGAAAGAAAUAUUCUUCCUACGACCCUCUUGAAGGCCCCUGUCCCAAACUUGCAUGAAGAAAUCCAGAAGCUUAACUGUAAUCCUGAGUUGUUCCGCUGUACCCUGACUAACAUUCCUCAAACUCAGGCCUUAUUGAAUAAAGCCAAACUUCCUUUGGGGCUCCUGCUUCAUCCUUUCAAAGACUUAUCGCAAUUGCCAGUGGUCACUUCAAGUACUAUUGUGAGAUGCCGUUCCUGCCGGACAUACAUUAACCCCUUUGUCAGCUUUCUAGACCAAAGGAGAUGGAAAUGUAAUUUGUGCUAUAGAGUGAAUGAUGUUCCUGAAGAAUUCAUGUAUAAUCCUGUGACAAGAGUUUAUGGAGAACCUCAUAAAAGACCUGAAGUCCAGAAUGCUACUAUUGAGUUUAUGGCUCCGUCUGAAUACAUGCUACGUCCACCUCAACCACCUGUGUACCUCUUUGUGUUUGACGUCUCUCAUAAUGCAGUAGAGACAGGAUACUUGAAUACAGUCUGCCAAACCCUGUUAGACAAUCUUGACUUGCUUCCUGGGAAUACCAGAACAAAAAUAGGCUUCAUAACAUUUGACAGCACAAUCCAUUUCUACAGUCUUCAGGAAGGUCUCUCUCAGCCUCAGAUGCUUAUUGUUUCAGAUAUUGAAGAUGUAUUUAUACCAAUGCCAGAGAACUUACUAGUAAAUUUAAAUGAAAAUAAAGAGCUAAUUCAAGAUUUGUUGAAGAGCUUGCCACAGAUGUUUACCAAGUCUCUGGAAACUCAGAGUGCUCUGGGACCUGCAUUACAGGCUGCCUUUAAACUGAUGUCCCCCACUGGAGGUAGAAUCUCUGUCUUCCAGACACAGCUUCCAUCUGUGGGAAUGGGAGCACUAAAGUCACGAGAAGAGCCAAACCAAAGAGCAACUGCAAAGGACAUACAUCUGACACCAUCAACUGAUUUUUACAAGAAGUUAGCCUUGGACUGUUCAGGACAACAGGUUGCAGUGGAUUUAUUUCUUCUUAGUGGACAAUAUUCUGACUUGGCUUCUCUAGGUUGUAUAUCAAGGUAUUCUGCAGGUAGUGUCUAUUACUACCAGUCUUACCAUCAUAAACACAACCCUGUCCAGGUGGAGAAAUUGCAAAAGGAACUGAAACGAUAUUUAACUAGAAAGAUUGGGUUUGAGGCUGUCAUGAGGAUAAGAUGCACCAAAGGUCUUUCCAUUCAUACUUUCCAUGGGAACUUCUUCGUACGUUCUACAGACUUGUUGUCAUUACCCAAUGUAAACCCAGAUGCAGGAUAUGCUGUUCAAAUGUCAGUAGAGGAGAGUCUUACUGAUAUGCAAGUUGUUUCUUUUCAGUCAGCUCUCCUGUACACAUCCAGCAAAGGUGAAAGACGAAUUCGUGUCCACACCAUGUGCUUACCUGUUGUAACAACACUGAGUGACGUCUACCUAGGGGCAGAUGUACAAGCCAUUACUGGGCUGUUAGCCAAUAUGGCUGUGGACCGAUCAGUUUCUGCUACCUUGAGUGAUGCUCGGGAUGCCUUGGUCAAUGCAGUGAUAGACUCUUUGUCUGCUUACCGUUCAUCAGUACUAAGCGUUCAACAGCCUGGUCUCAUGGCCCCUUACUCACUACGGCUCUUCCCACUUUAUGUACUGGCACUCUUAAAACAGAAAGCAUUUCAAACUGGGACGAACACACGUUUAGAUGAACGCAUUUUCACCAUGUGUCAAGUGAAAAACCAACCCCUUGUUUACCUCAUGCUUAUGACACAUCCCAGUCUGUACAGAAUUGAUAAUCUCACAGAUGAGGGGGCACUUAACAUAAAUGAUAGAACUAUACCUCAGCCACCCAUUCUUCAGCUGUCAGUGGAGAAGUUGAGCAGGGAUGGUGCUUACCUUAUGGAUGCUGGCUCUGUAAUGUUUCUAUGGAUUGGGAAGAACUGUGGGCAGAGCUUUAUCAGCCAAGUCCUUGGAGUCCCAAAUUAUGGUUCAAUCCCACAGAAUAUGACACAUCUCCCAGAACUUGAAACUGCAGAAUCCCUCAGAACAAUAACUUUCGUUUCUUGGCUGAGAGAACAGAGACCUUUCUUCCCUAUACUAUAUAUAAUAAAGGAUGACAGUCCAUUGAAAUCAAGUUUUCUGCAAAAUAUGAUUGAAGACAGAACAGAAUCAGCCUUAUCAUACUAUGAAUUCCUCCUCCAUAUACAGCAGCAAGUGAAUAAAUGAAGCACUAGCCUUUGUCUCACUUCUUUAAGGAAAGAUUUUUGCAGUAAAGAACGAUUGUGCUUGUAAUAUCUUCAUUAAAUCUGUGGCCUGAGGCAGUUGAUGAGAAGUUCUCACUGUGAUUUCAACGAACUAAAGCAAAUAAAGGACCACAUCUGAGAAUCAAA